GAGAUGAAAAAAAUCAACGCGCCUUUAAAUAGAACCAUAUCGUCAUUCUGACUGCUAGAGCGAGACAGAUCCGCUCAGCAUCCAUUACCUCAACGCACGACAGAAGAAAUACACUUAUUAUUCGUUCAUUCUAAAACACUAUUCACAGUAAACAUGCCUAGCAAGAGAAAGAAGAACAAGCGCAGAAUGAGAAAAGUGCAUGCCCAGAGAAAGGCUCUGGAGGAGCGGUUCGCCUCCUCUGGAAAGGGAACCCCAGGAGUACGUGCUUUCCAUGCAAUUCCCUGCCAGUACCCUGAUCAAAUUCCAAUAGAGUGUCCUUUUACCGUUCCAAUUUCCCUCCCAGUGAUUGCUCCCAUUGACGUUCCUGCUGAAGUACCUGAAGUCGCAUUAGAAGUCCUAGUCACAGAUGCCAUCCAAGACAAAGUGGUGAAAGAUGCAGAGGACCUAAGACAAACCCCAGUUGAACCCCCUGCAAAAGAGCCAUAUGUGACAGAGGAAGGUGAAAGCAUUGUCAUUCCAGUAUCAGAGGUCACAUCUAUUGAUGAGCCAGUGUCGAUCCCUGCAGAAUCUGAGGUUCAGUUCGAGGACACUACACCUGUAGCCACAGAGACUCAUAUUGUAGCUCAGCCUGUUGAGAUUGAAACCAAGUGUGAAGAUGAAGCUGAGCUUCCUGCUGAGGAUCCUGUAGUAGAGAUGCCAGUGCCAGAGAUGGUGACUACAGCUGAAACUGUUGCUGCGGUUGAAACUGUGACAGAAACAGUAGUACCUGAAGUUGAGCCUGUUGCUGAUGCUGCAGUGGAAGUCGGUGUCUUGGAAGAACCUGCUGUUGAAGCCGAAGCCAUAACUGUUGAAAAUGAGCCUGCUGAAGUCAACACAGAAGUCAUGGAGGAUGUACACGCAGAGCCUGAACCAGAAGAGUUUCCAGUGGAAGCUGCGAUACCUGCAGAAGCUUUAGUGGAGCCAGAGCCUGAGCAGAAGCAGCAGCAGCCAGUCCUACUGGAAGAACCAACGCCUUCGGUCGAGUCCAAAAGUGACCCCAUCGCUGAAGUAUGUGUUGUGACUGAGUCAGUAGCGGUGGACCCAACCGUUGAAGAGGAGCAGACUCCUGAAACAACAACAGAUGCCCCCGAGGUUCUAUCAGAGACACUGUCAGAAACGAUUCCUCCUCCUGAGCCUGAGCCUCUGCCUGUGCCUGUAGCAAAGAUUAUACAAGCUCAAGAUGAAAUUAUGCCACAAGUAGAAACUGAAACUAUAAAGGAGUUGGCAGUGGCUGGUGGCCUAACUUUGGAUGCCAUAAAUGGAUGUCUGGGAGCUACCAAAGUUGCAAUUGAAGGUUAAAGUGCCUAUGUUUCAUAGGACAUAAAAAGUUGGCGAAACAUGAAACAUUGCAAAGUGCCUUUCUGUACUGAUUCUCUCCUCAACUAUGACAAGGAUGUGUGGCUGUUCUUCGCUGGUGGAGUUUUUCUGAGCUUCUGGCUAAUUUUCUUCAGUUUCCAUAUGCAUGUACAGUAGAAUUUGAUGCCGUUAUAUACAUUACAUACGUAGUAAAGUAAAAUGGAAGGGUGUUGCAAAUGUAUAUGUUUUUACUUGGACCCUUUUGUAAAGUGGAAUGAAUACUCCUUGUUCUAUUUGAUUAAAUGAUUUGUAGUGGAGUGCUUUGGAGCACGAUUUCAGACUAUACCAUCACAACAUCUCUUCUGUGCUUAUUUCAACCAUCCACAUGUGCCUUUUCCAAAUGAUAAAUAAAGGGAGUUUGAGGAUAAUUAGUCUUCCCAAAUUUAGCUGUAUGCAUUUCAUUUAGAUGAAAUUUUUGACUAAACUACCGCUAUGCUACAAGAUGCAAAUGACCCUUGGGUUUGAGUAUGGGGAUGCACUGUUGUUUAUCUAUCAGUGGCAAAACAUUUUAAAGACACAUAUCCAUUAAGGUAAAUAAAUGGAAACAUUUUGCCAAUUCACAAUUGUAAUAUCCAAAAUGCCUCGACUGUUAUCUGAAUUUAAACUUACUCAAUCUUCCUGUAUUUUAUGAUAAAUAAACGCCAGCAACAACAAAGUAAAUUUUGAUGGAAGGUCAAUCCACGGAGAAGAUACAGUAUUACUGCCGGGUUCAGAAUCCAGAGUGUCGAUUGGAGAUGAAGCAAUUCUCCUUCCAUCACAAAGCUUUUUUUAAAUCGAUCAACUCUAGCCAUUUCAGGUUUUACAUUUCUCACUUCAGACUCCCUUGCCUUCCCUCUCAACAGCUUUAUUUAUGAAGUUUUAGUGUCACAAAUGUUUGUGAACAAGUUAAGUGAAGAAAAAUACAUUGAAUAAAGAAAGAAUUAGCCAAGCA